ACGUUACGGCUACUCUACCCUUGGUUAUGAUUAUCAUUGUGUGUAUUCGCGGCGUAACUUUGGAAGGAGCGCUGGACGGAUUGAAAGUUUAUCUCAAACCCGAUUUCACCAGCCUAAAAGGAUGGAGCUCUGGUCGGACGCAGCUUCGCAAGUUCUAUAUUCUCUCGGAACGUGUACUGGAGGACUUACAGCUCUCAGCGCUUACAACAGAUACAAUCAUAAUUUUUUCAGAGACUCUAUAAUACUGACGGCAGCAAAUGCAGGAGCAAGCUUUAUGUCAGGACUUGCCAUCUUCUCCGUACUAGGAUUUUUGGCUCACAUAAAGAACACGACUGUCGCUGAAGUUGCAGCUUCAGGACCGGGGUUAGUAUUUGUUGCAUAUCCAACAGCUCUCUCUUUGCUACCCCUGCCUCAAUUUUGGAUUGCUCUAUUUUUUCUCGCAUUGAUAUUCUUGGGAUACGAUAGUUUGUUUGUCUAUCUAGAAACAUUCAUGGCGUGUUUGAGAGAUAUUUCCCCAAAAUUGUUCCAAAAGAAAUAUUCAAAUGAGGUGCUUAUCGCAAUCGUAGUCGUUAUAAUGUAUCUUGCCGGACUGCCUAUGACAACACGGGGAGGAAAAUAUGUUUUGAACAUAUUCAACUCGUACUCGGUUAGUGGAUGGUGCUUGUAUUUCAUGGCAUUCACUGAGAUGAUCACUAUCGGUUGGCUAUAUGGAGGUGACAAAAUGCUUGAUGAUAUAAAACUCAUGAUCGGAUAUAACGUGCCUCGACUGUGGAUGAAAAUUUCUUGGAAGUACAUCGGACCAAUUGCAAGUUUGAUAUUGAUGAUCAAUUCUCUGGUAUCAUACCAACCUCUCAAAUACGACCAAAACUAUGUGUAUCCGGUCUGGGCAAACGUAUUGGGAUGGAUGACUGUACUCAAUUCCAUAUUGUGCGUUCCGAUCCUGGCUAUUUUGGUGCUCUGGAAAGCAAAAGGAGAAUCUUUGCUGGAUAAACUUCGUUCGGCUAUUGUACCGAAGCAAUUUCAUAGCAGACGACCGGUUUCCAUCGACGAAGAACUUGAACAGAAAGAGUCUCUUAAUUUCUCUCUGAAAAACGAUGAGCGUGUAUGAUUCGUAUUCAAUUAAUAUAACGAAACAUUACCGAUAAAUGGUGUUAAUAAACCCGCUCUAGGUUAGAAGAUUUUCAGUUUUAAUAAUAACCCUGGUUGACCCGCUGACCCGCUCUGAGCUGACUCCGCCUUCGACUCUCAGUUUGCAAAUAUUUGAACUCCGAUUCCCGACUCCAAGUUGAGGGAAUUUUCGAUUCCAAAUCAAAUAUCCAUGAAAACGAGCGAAAAUACGAUUUUUAUUUUGUUGUACAACUAGCUAUUCCAAAAGCAGAUUAAUAAUUAUCAAUUUUUUACUGCAUGUAGUUUUUAGUCUGAGUUGAUGGUUUGCAUACUGCUGUAUUUGCGACCGCGGAGAUAGAUUGGACCAUUUUAAUUUUUUAAAAAUUAAUUCUUGCAUUUCAACCGAAUGGUUUACCAACGUGAUACACAUAUACAAACAAUAAAAUACAGGUACAUACACAUACAGUCAAUCAAGUGAUGUACCCAACAAUUAUUCGAUUUCAUAUGCAUGCAAUUAAUUGCUAUGCUUCAAGAUGUUUGGCGUCGGAUGUUAUUGUUGAAUCAUUCUCUGCAUGUCAUCUGAGCAUUGGUAUAAACAAGUGACCCAUGAUUUUAAUAAGUAUUUAUUGCUAAUUACCAAUGCACACGUUAAAUUUCGUUUAAUUUAGGUACAACCUGUAUGUUUUCCUUUGGGAUAUUGCAAAGCUCUCUGACAAAAUGUGUUAUUUAAAGUGGCCCAAGUAGACUAACAGUAAUUAGUGAGUGAUAAAUUAAUUUAUUUGAUAAAUAUAAACCUACUUUCGGGAGGCCAAAGUGUAAAGUAGAUGUAUUAAAUCGCUAGCAUACAAGAUAUCUAAUGUUCGAUGUGUUUCCGUCAUCGUUCAGCGAUAAACUCUACACGUAACAUUGGCGUCACGUUACAUACAGAUCCAAGUCAUUCAAGCCGGAUAAGUACGUGGCAUAACUUAUAAAGUUAUUUACACCUAACAGCUGAUCGCUCUUAUCUUGGCGUUGCUUGACCACCGUUUGUCAGACUUGGUUUUUUACUUUCAUUCCACGAUUGAUAGACACGAAUAUGCCUCACGGAUCAAUCAUAUUUUAAAUCUGUGGAUUUUCGUCUUAAGAGUUUAUUAACAUCAUUUAGUUAACGUUAUUAAAAAUAGAUGACCAUGGUCUACGAACUAAUCUAUAAUAAAUGGUAUUCACCAAGAUUAGUUUAUUUAUCUGCAAACGCUAAUUAAAUGGAAUGAUUAUUUUAAGCAUUAUACAAAGGGGACGAUGACUUGAGCGACAUGGCGUCGGUUGUCAAUUGAACUGACGUCUGUUUUUCGUUAUUAUGCAAAGUGCUAAUUGCAUGAGAGUGUGUGUCGUCAACGACUAGAAAGCAUAUUAUAUUAAGCAGCACGAUCCCGGCACUGGAAUGCAUGACAUAAUCCACGGCAUUGUAAAAUAUGCAGGGGGAAGAUAUGACGGGCGUAUGGACUUAAACAUCAAUACUCUCUUUAGCGUGCCAGGUCUGAGAAAAUAUAUUACUGUAUUUCUAGAAUUUUAUGU